AUGAGCGACUCAAAAGACAGGAUGACCGAUAGAAAGGUAGCCGCAAGUAGCAACAAGAGCCGCGACAACGGUAUCCUAUACAAUGGCACAGCAGAGCAAAAGAUCGACGCCUGGCUGCACACCAUUGCUCAGGACUCGCAGGGCAAGAACUGGAUGAGCGACUGGGUUCCGCUCCUUCGAGUCCGUUCCGUCCGGCCAAACGACCCGCGCCCCGGCGUCACCUUUGCCUUUACCGUCCAGCACGAGCACUGCAACAACAUGGGUACCAUGCACGGCGGCUGCACCGCCAGCAUCUUCGACGUGUGCACCACGCUGCCCGUCGCGUUUGCUAUGGCCCCGGGCUCGUGGGAGAUGCUCGGCGUCACGCGCACGCUUAACGUCAGCUACAUGCUCCCCGUCUUUGUUGGCGACGAGGUCCUCAUUGAGUGCGAGAUCCUACAGAUUGGCAAGAAGCUUGCUGCCCUGAGGGGCGUGAUGAGGCGGAUGGGGGACAAUGCGAUUGUCGCGACGUGCGAGCAUGGCAAGUUUGACGCUGGCGUCAAGUCGAGAGCCUAG